GCGAGGAGGGGCGGUGAAAAGGAAAGAGAGAGAGAGGGCUGUGUUUGUUUGAGGCCUGCUUGCUUUACAUCAAUCUGCGGCCAUGAGCACCAACCUAGACCCAUCUGAUGUGCAGACAGUUUUGGAUGUAUUACUGGAAGCCGAGUUUUUACCUCGUCUCUGGAGAACCCUGGGUCGCCGACUGGGAGUCAACGAUGUUGACUUGGACACUAUUGACGCAGAUUUCAAGAGUGACGGCGUCGAGCGUUGUCUAGAGGCAGUCAUCGACAACUGGAAGCGGAACGGUGAAAAUACGUGGGGGAAGUUGGCCGACGCAGUUUCCAAAUGUGAAGGCAGUGGCGGGGGAAGUAACGUUGCUCGGAAAGUGCGGGAAAAAGUUGGCUUACAACAAGCCGAAACACCUCCGCAUGAUCUUCCACACCAAGAAAGAGGUGACUCUGGUGAGCAAUUGGAUCUGAGGGAAGGCCGAGCUUUAGCUCUCCCACCUCCCCACUCUUCCCCACUGAGUCCACUGGAACUCUCAAGUGAAGGAUUUCUUUCAGAUGGAGCAGUUGAAAGGAUAGCAAAACAGCUGACAGAAACCUUUAACUAUAUGGUUGGAGAAACACAAAAGGCACUGGAGGACAGCAAUGCAGACCCUAGGAAAGUGGUCAACGUAAUUCAUCGCCACGAUGCACACUUUAGUUACGUGCCAGGUGGAUUUUUCAGGUCGCUGCGGGAAGCUAAAGAUGUGACUGAUCUCUUCUUUGAGCUCGACGAAUACUGGGAUCCGUUCAACUACUUUCUCCUGGAACGUCUCCUGCGACCAGCAACAAGGGAUCUCUUUGCCAGCCAUUUGAUGCACGUUUACGACACAUUGCGGGAAUGCAUGGACAAAUAUAAAAAGGAAAUGGAGUAUUUCCGAAAGCAUACCGAUGUCACCGUAUACUGCUCAUGUGUUUUAAAGGGUAGGCGCUCUUCAGAAGUUCCAUCUACCUACAAAGAGCUUGUAGUGAAGAAAGACUUCAAAACGCUGGAAGACGUCGAGAUAUUUAGGCAGGAAUUGGCUGCUCAAUACAAGCUUGUCGAUUUCUUGGUGUUUCUGAAGAAGAUUGAAAAGGGCUCCGUAAUCCUCACCUUUUGGAUCCCUAAAUGUGCAACCGUCUCCGGCCUGGAGCUAGACCUAAGUGAAUCUGGUGGCGGAAACAACGGGGGUUCUUCAGUGGACCCUAUCAUUAUUAGAGACGGAGUCCAGGUUGAAUGGUCCCCUCAGUCAGAUGAGCCACCAACACCACGAGAGCCACUGAAAGAAGAGCCACCAACACCACGAGAGCCACUGAAAGAAGAGCCACCAACACCACGAGAGCCACUGAAAGAAGAGUCUCAGGGGCCAACACAACAAGAAUCUGGUGACGCAAAGGCUGUUGUGGUGAAAAAAAGAUCUGUGGCCGGCUCUGUAAUCACUACUGUCUCCAAGUUUGUAGUUCCCAAGUAUCUGCUUAAUCCCAUAUUAUUGAUGACUGCUGUGUCAAGUGGUGACAAAGAUGAAGUGAAAAUGCUUCUUUCAAAGGGGGCAGACCCAAAUGCAUCGCCUCCAAUGAUUGAGUUUACUCCCCUGAUGGAGGCUAGUCGACAGGGUAAUGUUGAAAUAGCAGGUUUGCUGCUGGACAAAGGAGCUGACCCUAACCGCACUAACAAUAGUGGCUGGUCAGCUCUGAUGGCUGCAGUGUACAAACGUCAUGAUGAGGUUGCCCUGAGGAUAAUCCAGGCUGGGGCAACUCCACAUCUCCAGGAUAAGAACCACACCAAUGCUAUUCUUCUUGCCAUUGCUACUAAUGAACAAGACAGAGUUGUGGAAGCUCUAUUGGAACGUGUGGAAGAUCCAUCUCAGUUGGACCUCCAGGACAGCUAUGGGGAGACUGUUCUCAUUUUUGCGUGUAAGAACAGGAAUCUCGAACUUGUUAAACGACUGCUUUCCAUGAAGGCUAAUCCAAACCUUUGCAAUAACCAUGGGGAAACCCCUGUCUUGAUUGCAACAAAAUGGGGUGAUACAGAAAUCGUACAGGAGCUCUUGGACAACUAUGCAGAUCCAAAUAUGGGCAAUACACACCCACUGAUGGUAGCAAUCAACUUAGGCCGUAAAGAGAUUGCCAAGUUGCUAGUUGAUCGUGGAGCUAACAUCUACAAGGAACACGAGGGAGGUGUGCUAGCUUUUGAGAUGGCUGAGCUGCGAAACUUCACAGACUUGGCCAGGAGACUCAAUCCACAACAGUUUACCUCGAGGACACCAAGAGAUGUUCUGAGACUGACAAUAAAAUCCAUGGCCACAGUCCAGAAGCACCUCAGUUUAGGCGGGGACCGAGGUCGGUUCGAGGCGUUGCUGGUCCGAACACCUACUCCAGCCGCGCAACAGCGUGCGCUGCGGGCAGGACGGAAAAUGAGUCUACAAUCUGUACACAAAGCGCUUCAAUCCAGUGUGAACGAAGUGCUUGAUAAAGUAGACGAUUCUACAUUAGGACCAGAAGAUUGCUUUGAAGUGGAAAGCGAAGUAAUGGACAUUGUGCACAGAUGGCGACAAUUUGGGGGAGCACUACGCAUCCGCCAGGCAAAGCUUGAAGAGAUAAAGGCUGGAUCGGGUUCUGUCCCCAGAGAAUGCCUCACCAAGACUGUUCAGGAGUUCCUGAACAAGAACUACGAAUGGCAGGAACACGGCCAGCCGUCGUGGAGGCAGGUAGUGAUAGCUGUGGGUCAUAAAGCAGGGGGAUCUGACACGGAGUUGGCCCUCCAGAUAGCAAACGACCACCCCAUGAAAGCUCCCUCCAAGAAAAAGUCAGGCAGUGCUUCAGUUCACGACUUUUCUCUGCUGAUGGAGGCCAGCAGAACUGGUGAUGUAGAAACAGCAAAAAUGCUGCUGGACCAUGGAGCUGAUCCAAACCUGGCCAACGCUGAAGGCUGGACCGCACUAAUGGCAGCGGCAAGAAAUGGACGAUGUGGUGCUGUUGAUCUUUUACUAGAGAGGGGGGCCAACCCGGACAUGCAAGAUCAUGGUGGCUGGUCAGCUCUGAUGGCUGCAGUGUACAAACGUCAUGAUGAGGUUGCCCUGAGGAUAAUCCAGGCUGGGGCAACUCCACACCUCCAGGAUAAGAAUAAGACAAAUGCUGUCCUGCUGGCCAUUGGUAGAAGAAAUGAAGAAAAAGUUGUGAAUGCUCUUUUGGACAGCAACCCUGACGUUGACCUACAAGACAGUUAUGGUGAAACUGCGCUCAUAUUUGCCUGUAAGAUGAGCAAUCUUUCCUUGGUCAAACGGCUGCUGGCUAUGAGAGCAAAUCCCAACAUCUCCAAUAAUGAAAAUGAGUCCCCUGCUCAGAUUGCCAGUGCCAAACGAGAAAAGGAUAUUCUCAAAGAGCUGCUGUUAAAUGAUGCCAAUCCCAACACAGGUGUUGCCUCUGCUACACCUCUGAUACUAGCGGCUCACAUGGGGGCUGAUGAGAUUGUGGAUGAACUGCUGUCCCAUGGGGCAGACCCUAACCAGCAAACCAAAAAUGGAGUCACAGCAUCACAAGUGGCAGAGACCAGCAACCACACUGAAUUGGCCAAGAAACUGAACCCACAGCAGGAGGUGCCGCCAUCAGCCGCACCAGAGAGUCUCCUGACAGCAACUCUGUCAACACUGGUGUCUAUUUGCCAGCACCUCAACCUACCACCACUCUUCCUGGACCCCGAGACUGGGAAGACUGACGACUCAUACGGACUUGGUUUUCUCGGCAACGUUUUCAAGAAGAUCAUUCAGUAGCAUACCGCCUCUGGCAUCCCUUUAGGUCACUCUGUAGGUUAAUGUACCCCUUCCCUUCCUCUGCCCCUUUUAGCUGUAAUAUCGAUACGCACACCGCUAGCAUACAAAAUCACUCUCCCCUUUCCCUCCCCAACAUUCACGUGUAAUAGUACGCACACUUCUCUAGCAUACAAAAUUCGUCAAAGGACUUGUAUAUAUACCUUCCCCAUUUCCUCCAUCUUUGUAUAUAGUUCUUGUUAAGUUUUGAUACUGUUGUGGACACUUUCAUUGUUUUACUUUCACACACCCUAAUUGCGAUAUACAUUAAAAUGGCACGCAGUGUUCUGAGUCCAGAUUGAAUCACGAGAGAUUGUGAGAGAGUUGCUACUCUUCCCUGGUGUGGUCACCAUCAGCACUGGGAGUGUCCACCCUUAUCUAUAGCACAGUGAUCAUGUGUGUAUGCGUGAUCAGGAGACUGAGGUAGAAUAGCAGUUACACAUGCAAAUCAAAAGUUUUCCUCCAGCUUUACUCAUAGAGACACCUAGUGUGCAUAAUUAAUUACUAUUACCCUUAGUGUGGCGGUAUAAUGUACUGUGUGUGCCUAUGAAUUGUAAAAAAAAAGCGCUGCAACCGACAUUCGAACUCGAGGUUAAGUGUGAGCGUAUACCCAUUAAACGCACACCGCAUUGCGUGCCAAAAGAGUUAAAAGCCAGUAGAAAGCCCUAAGAAGUGUAAUUGAAGGGCCGGGAACCAGAGUGGUAUAUCCCAAAUUUAAGUGUGGCAAAUUGCCUAAAGAGUGAAAAAAAUGGGGGGAAAUAUGGGUAGGGUAUACUUUUAAAAGUGAGAUAUAUUAUGCCUUUUAAUGGUAACUUCAUGUCAAGGAGGUAUAAAUGGCCCCUUGUGGGUUACGCCAUUCUGGUUCUCAGCCUUCAAUUAUCCACUUGCACGCAAUAUCAAAGCAUGCAUCAAUAUUGCGAGAACAAUUAUAGCUUGCAGUCCCUCCCCUGCAUGCUCACGGUAUGGGUGGGUGUAGAAUAGCUACACAUACAUACAGACCUGAGGUGGAGACCCGGGUUUACUGACUGAAGUCUGCUGGACCAGUCUCUGACGGAAACACCUGGUUGUCCCUCUCCAGGAGGUCAAUCUUGUCCUGGGCCUUGUGUAGGGCGGUGAUGACGUGCCGGGAAUGGUGCUUGGCCUCCUGUAGCUGCUGAUCCAGCUGAGCCUUGGCCGACAGAACAGCCCC